AUGGCGCAACCUAACGGUAAGGUUCGCCAAAGAGCUUGGAAGCCGAAGAACCGUAGUGGCUGUAAGACAUGCAAGAUACGCAAAGUGAAAUGCGACGAGGAGAAGCCAUCCUGCAAAAGGUGCACAUCAACAGGCCGUACGUGCGACGGCUACGACGUGACCUUUCGACCUCCUUCCAAUUCGCCAAAGAAUAUUCCGCCGUCAAACCAAGGUCCGUUCCAUCCUGGCAGAGAGCUUACUCAUUCUCUCUCCCCGAUACCGUUGGCACCAGCUUUACGUUUAAAGACACCCAGGGAACAGGCUAGUUUCGAAUUUUUUACCACGCAUGCUGUAUCUUCAUUAAGAGGAUUCCUCGAUUCUCCUUUCUGGCAAAGAGAGCUUCUGCGCGCAGCUCACCAGCAUGAAUCGAUUCAGCAUUGUAUUGUUGCACUUGGCGCCAUGCAUAGAAGGUUUUAUGAAGGUCGCAGCUCUCAUAUAGACGAGUCUGAACUGGCGGAUGAGAACUUGCAAUUUGCACUGCGACAGUCCAAUCAGGCUAUCCAAGGGCUGCUGAGAUCAACCGGUCCUGGUGGACACAUGGCCAGCCUAGACAAAGUCACGCUCAUGACAUGUUCCAUAUUGUUCAGCAGCAUGGCGUGUCUCCAAGGGCACCAGCGAGAGGCUGUUCAACACUUGCGGAGUGGCAUUCGGCUGCUCAACGAGUUAGACAAUGAGGAGGAUGGCCGGUUGGAGCGUCACCCAGUCAACAUCGAUUCAUUGCGAUCAAUACUCGUCGGGCUCGACAUACAGGCCCGCGCGAUCAUGACAUCCGAGGAACUUAAAGUUUGGGAGCCUCUACCGCGCGUCAAAGAACCAAUGAUAUCACCAAGCACAAACUUAGACGACGACUCUCUUGUCGCAAUGCACUGCCAUCUGCAAAGUCAGCUCAAUCAAGUCCUAGCCUUCUUACCAGCGAAUAUGCACCGUCCUUCCGAAGAAAGAGAUAUAGUGGCUCAUCAAUAUCGCCAAAUACUCGCAAGAUUCGAUCGAUCUACGGAACUACUUGAGACGCUCAGCACCAAAGCUGCCAACAGCAAGUGCGGCAACUUUUCACAGCCCAUCAUGGCGCUACAGCUGUUACAAGCCCAGUUGGAAUACUACUUACGAGUACCACGAGGUGAUCUGGAAGCCAAGUUCGAUUUUUUCGGAGAGUCUUUGAGCGAGCCUUUUGAUGUUGUCGCGCAUCACGUCAAAAUGCUUGAUCUAGCGACUGAACUGCUUUCUCAUAGCUCUUCACUCGCGCCCGUCUUCACUACCACUAUGGGUCCAUUGGCUGCGCUAUGGAUCAUUGCGAGUCGCGCACCCUCAGAAUGCACUGCCCUGCGAAAGCGCGCUGUCAGAGUCAUGCUAAGCUAUCCGCGGCGCGAAGGAUUCUGGGACGGACUGGUAGCGGGCCAAAUCGCACAGGAACUGCUGAGGGUGGAGCAGGAGGCCACGCAAGAAGAGUUGGGUUUGAUCACGACACCGGGGCGCGAUCUCAUUCCUCCUGAUGAUCUGCGCAUUGUUGUCAUUGCGUUGAGAUAUGAUCCUGUGGAUAACAGGAAGGCGACGGUACAUUAUCGCAGUCUACGCGACAUGACUGUGGACGCGCCGGGGAAGAAGCAGUAUCUCAGCUGGUGA